AUGGGUAGCAUCGAAGAACCAAACUUCUGUCAGAAGAACAAAGACCUUGACUACGAUGUUCUUAUCAUCGGCGCCGGACUCUCCGGCAUUUACUCGCUAUAUCGAAUGAGACAAUUAGGCCUGCGGACGAAAGUCUUAGAGGCCGGCGGGGGGUGCGCACGAUUCGACUCUGAAAGCUAUUCAUACAAUUUCUCAUUCUCCCAAGAAGUCCUCGAUGAGUGGAACUGGUCAGAACAUUUUGCCUCGCAGCCCGAAACACUACGGUACUGCGAAUUCGUGUGCGACAAGUUCGAUCUCCGUCGAGACAUGCAAUUCGACACGCGUGUUACCGCAGCACAUUUCCAAGAUGACACCAAGUCAUGGCUUGUAACAGACGAGCAGGGACAACAAUACACCUCACGCUUUGUGGUCACCUGUAUUGGUAUUUUAAACAACUACACCCUGCCUAAUAUCCCCGGAGUCCUGGAUUACAAAGGCGAAGCCUUCCACACUGCCCGCUGGCCGGCAGAGCAAGUUGACUUCACAAACAAACGCGUCGCAGUCAUCGGCACUGGAGCAACCGCCAUCCAAGUAAUCCAAGAAGUCUCCAAGACAGUAGGUCAUCUGACCGUCUUCCAACGAACCCCGAACUGGAGUCUACCUCUCCGGAACGCACCCCUCACCCCAGAAGAGAUGGACGAAAUCAGAUCCCGCUACCCAGAGAUAUUCCGCAAAUGCGCCGAGUCCUGGCACUGUUUCAUGCACGUACCGGACAAGCGAAGCACCUUCGACCUGACCCCGGAAGACCGCGAAGCAUUCUGGGAAGAGCUGUACGCGCAACGCGGGUUUGCGAAGUGGAUGAGCAACUUCGGCGACAUCAACACGAGCAAAGAGGCGAAUGCGCUGUUUAGUGAGUUUAUCGCGAACAAGAUCCGGGAGCGCGUACAUGACCCCGUCACGGCGGAGAUUCUUAUUCCCAAAUGUCAUGGCUUCGGAACGAAACGGGUGCCCAUGGAAACGCGCUAUUUCGAGGCGUAUAACCAGCCCAAUGUGCGCUUGGUGGAUGUCAAAUCCAAUCCCAUUGAAUGUGUCACCGAGUCUGGGAUUAAGACGAAGGAUGAAGCCUUUGAGUUUGAUAUGAUUGUAUAUGCCACUGGGUUCGACGCUGUUACUGGGUCUUUUACGGCAAUUGAUUUCCGGGGUGUGGAUGGGGUUAAGUUGAAGGAUAGGUGGAGUGAGGGCCCACGUACGUUCUUGGGUCUGUUUGUUGAAAGCUUUCCCAAUAUGAUGAUGGUUAUGGGACCGCAUCAGAUGUUUGGGAAUAUCCCUCGCAGCGUGGAGUAUGCUGCGAGCUGGGUGGCGCGGUUUAUUGAGUUCUGUCGAGAUCGGGGGAUUACAUUUGCUGGGGCUACGCAGCAGAGCGUCUUGGACUGGACGGAGCAUGUUCAUACUUGUGCGGUGGGUUUGCUUGCUAAUGAUGUCGAUUCUUGGAUGACUGGUGUCAAUAAGAAUUUGGCACACAAGCAGAAGAGAAUCAUUGCACGAUAUCAGGGUCCGGCUCCUGGAUAUCGAAAGCGUGCUGAGGAGGUAGCCACGAGAGAGUAUCGGGACUUAGUGCUUGAAUGA